UUGGAUGGUGAAUCUGGCAGCUUUUUACAGACCAGAGAGCGUCCCAAUUUAUAAAGCAGGUGGUGAAGUCGGAAUGUCACUCUGCAAGAAACAGUCACUGAGCCUAGGACUUGGAAGCAUCACUGAGGAAUAGCUACAAUGGCAGAGAUUGAAGGAAGGAAGUGGAUCAAUUUGGAAGAAUUUAAGUUACUCCCAGAAGAGGGUCAAAAGGAAUUUAUCUGGUAUCUAAAUGAAAAGAAGGGACUAAAACAAGAUAAGCUUAUCUGUGACAUGGAUCCCAAAGAAGAUGAAAUGUCAAUAGAUUCAAUCAGAUAUCAGUUUUGGAUUCAGUGUCAAGCAUUUUCAAAAUUUGUCAAACUUUUCAACACAAUAACUAGUGAUGGGAAGUAUCAUCUCCCAGAUGUGAAAAAUCUUGAAUGCCUUAAACCUCCUAAGGAUGAAAACAAAAAAUCAUCCCCAUCAGAAACUGAGUAUUAUAAAAAAUCCUUAUCAGACGUGGUGGAUUAUAUAAAAAAAGCAAAGAAAUUCAUUGAAGAAUUACAGAAAGAGAUCGAACCUCAGUUAAACUCACGCUUCAAGGAUUUUAAAGGUGAUCAAUAAAUUUAGCUGGUAACAAACAAAAUCCAGACUUUUUCUCAAAAUAUUCAAAUGGUCCACAUGAAAGCUCUCUUAAUAAAAUGUUCAAUGUAUCAAGACAGAGCUUCAAUUGAGUUAAUAAAAAAGCACUCUGAAGUUUUGUUAUUAUGGAGCUGUAUUCAUUUCAUACAGUGUUGGGUAUUAUUGUGCACUAUAGUUUCAACAUUUCCAUUCCUUAGUAAUGAAGUUGUAUUAAUUUUGUUGUAUUGCAUUUAUUUUCCACUUGUUUUAGCAUUUGUUGAAAAAAAAAAAAUUUCCAGUUUUGAUUGUCAUGUAUUGAUUGAUACUUUUUUCAGCCAUUCAGACUAAUGGGAGAGUUGUCAACUAUGUUAACAUUAAUUCUGUGCAUCUAUGGUUCUAUUUGAACAAAAGAUUUUAUUUCUAAUACUGUUUUCUUUUGCCAUUUAUUGCUAAACAUUAUUUUGUUGGAAAAGUUGUUAUAUUUCUGAAAACACAUUUUGUCAAUAAACGACUCACCAUCACUGACAGAAAAUUUACUGUUGAGGUUUUGUUCACAUGUCCCAUACAUACAUGUACAUCUAUUGUUUGUGAAAUGUAUCAUCAAAUACAUAAUAUAUUCUAGAUACAUUCAAGAUCUUGGGUAUGAUAUUGUAACAAAAAAUGCAUUUUUGGUUUACUUUUCUUUGCUUCCAGCAAAUAUGAGACAAAGAUGUAAAAGGAGAUGAUGUUAAAUGGGAGACAAUUAUAACAAAUGUUAUGUCCUCUUAUAUUUACAGAAUGUUCAGGUUCAUUAAUGACUAUUUGUGAAAUAAACAUACUUUUCUCAA